CCACAUAUCAUCAGGCACCUAUAAACAGGGGGAUCGGGAUCCAUCGAGAUUGAAACAUUGAAACAUCAUGUACAUAGAUACCUACCUACCUAGGUAAGUAGGUAGAUAGAUAGUUAGUCGCCUGGAUAGCUACUUACCAUAGGACUUACAUGCUGCUGGCCCAAAGAAUAAGCAAGACAUCUAUUACUCCUCCUCCUCCUCUUCCUCCCGACCAGGAUUGCGAUGGCGAAGACGAAUGACUGGACGGAACAAGCCCCGAGCCGCCUGGAUCUCAGGCCAGAUGACGAGAUCGGAGGCCAUUCGUCCUGGCGGGUGUGGCGAUCGGCCAGCAGCAGAUGGAUACGGAUACAGGUAUGGGUAAUUUAUGAUACCAUACCGAUGCGCUUUCCCGGGAGGGCAAAAGAGGGAAGGAGCGAUGGGUGCUGGAUACUUGCUUCCCCGGCUCCGACGGUGGCUCUCUCUUGGUCUCUUCUUCUUCUUCCUCUUUCUCUCUCUCUCUCUCACUUUCUCCCUCACACACCUCCUUUUCUACGCCUCUUCCAUCGCCCAUCACUGAUUCGGGCCAGGGUCCAUCCCUCCCCCAAAAUCCAUCUCUCCACUUUCCUAACCCCCCCCCCCCCCCGUACAUCCUUUCCAAUUCAGCUUCUCACCUACCACGUCAGACCUUACAAGCGAGGGCCUCUCCCAACCUUUCUUUCAUGGCUGCGGAUGACGGCACUGGGGCGACGUCAAAAGGAAGAUGCGACUAACGCGACGAUCCUUCCACCGAUGCGUUCCAUGAUCGACCGGACAUACAUUAGGCCGCUGAUUUAAUCUUGUUACGGAGCAUGCAUGGCUCCCGAACCCCCCCCCCCCCUUUAGCGCUCCAUCGCGGUAACUACGGGAGACUCU